CUCUCCUUUGAAGAUUGUCAGUUGUGGGAGGAGUUAAAUCGAUGAGGUGAACUAACGGGUCGGGAUGUUUCAGUUCAGCAGACUUCUCCAGAGUUAUUGCACACGUUUCUUUCGUUUGGAUCAAACACAUUUCCCCUCGACGACGGUAUAGACGACGACUACGGGUCCUUUGGCGCACCAAAAAUCCAGCACACACACACACACACGGUACAACGGGCGCUCACCAUCGUCCAGUCGACUUUGAAAUUCACUUGAAGACGAGCGCACUUUCACACGAGUCGCUCCAGUCGUCUUCUCUCGUUCGUGCCGAUCGUGACGUUCUUCCAACUAUUCCUCCGCUCGGCUUUGAUUAUCAAUUGGUUUAGAUUCACAGUCCGGCCAUCGUUUGCUAAACAGAAAAAAAUGUGCUAAGGGAAAUAGUUGAGGACUGGCAUCAACUUUUUUUUCGUUUUGAAAUUCUUCUCUCUGUCUCUCCCCCCAAAAAACGUCAAGUUCGUGAAUCGUGACGUUCGUGAACUCCUUCGUUCUUCCAGUGCGUUUUUUUUCGUUUCGUUUGUUUUCUUCACUCCCGGUUGCCUUCAGUUGGACGCAUUGAAAUCCCGCCGCUGGGUAGAAGAAGAAGUAGAAGAAGAAUAAAAAGUUGUUUUUUUGUAAUAAAGUCGAAUCAACUUCUUCACGAUCAUCAUCAUGCGCUGGACUAUUGGCCUCUUGACGGUCAUAACCUUGACCUUAACUUGGUCUCAGCUGAUGACGAUUUCUGCUGCUCAACAGAAGCUCGAGCAGCAGUCUACGUCCGGACCGGAGUCAUUGACCUCACUGAGUCCAUCCGAUGUUGUUGGUGCUGGCAGCACCGCCGGCUCCUCCACCACGGCCACCGCUAAGGCGAACCCCACCAUCACCACUACCGGUACGCCAACAGCCAGCGAUUCCAAGGCCCAGCAGCCAUCACCUACCCCCGGAAGCCUCGCCAGCAGUUUGCUUUCUGGUCUUUUCGAUACCAUCACAUCGACUUCCAAGAGUAAGGAUUGCCCGGGCAGAUGCGUCCACGUAUUGGCUGCUCUCCUCUGCGAGAAAGUCUUGGAAAAUGUGACGUGCUCGGAAAAUUCGAUGAGAUGCUGCGUCGAGAACCGGCCUUCACCGCCUGCACGUUCCGUCACCACCACCAAAUCUCCCAUCGCUGUGAAUGCUACGUCGACAGCCGUUCCGUCUACAACAACAGCGGCUGCAACAACAACCACCACCAAGAAGGUGGAAACGACUACUGCGGUCCCCACUACGACGACAACAAAGGCGACAACAACAGCCGCGCCAACAACAACUACAACAACAACCACCACUACCACCACCACCACCACUACGCCCAAGCCGACAACUACGACCACCACGACAACAACCACAACAAAGGCACCAACCACCACGACAACAACGACCAAACCGACUACGACUACCACCAAGGCUCCCAGUACAACUACAACAACCGCCAAACCGACCAGCACAACUACCACGGCUAAACCGACGACAAAAGCGACCGCCGUUACAUCCGACCCCAAAGUUGAGGAGGCCGAAGAUGACGACGAAGAAGUGCUCAAAGCUUCCGAGGUUGGUUCUCUACGUAUCUGCCCGGGAGUCUGUGUGGCCACACGGAUUUCCGACUAUUGCGAAGCCGUUCUUAAUGUCGAUGGACUCUGCAAGACGGCCAUGAAAUGUUGCGUCACCAAGUCACUCUUUGGCGAAUCUGAACCACCACCGGAAUUGGUGAUUUUGAAUGAAGCCAGCUCCGUGGCUCCGUCUACCUCGGAAGCAUCUACAACCACUUCGACAACAACAACAACAGUUCGUCCCACAACGACAACAACGCGUCCCCGACCAAAAUCUACAACCACUGCCACUCCAGCAGCUGGUGACGACAAACGCUGCAAAGGCACUUGUGUGACUGGAUUCUUCUCGUAUCUCUGCGAUUUCAUCGACUCAAAAGCAGUUUGUGCCAACGGGGGCAAAUGUUGCAUCAGCCGUCGUGAGGGAAGCGGAGGAAUAAGCGAACAGAAAACCAAUAACGUGACUGCGCCGACUUCAGGAACUCGUCCUGCUCCUAGCAGUUCAAAGCCAUCUGCAGUAACAUCGACCACUGCUCGACCUACCACCGCUAAACCUAAAGCAACAACUACUACCACUACAGCCACUCCUUCGACGACAACCACCGCACAACCUAAACGUUGUCCAGGUGUCUGCUUGCCAGGAUUGAUGUCCGCUUUCUGUUCCAAACCGUCCGUCGUCGUCAACAACCCUCCCAAUCUCUGCGAGCGUGGCUCCAUUUGCUGCGACUCCAAGACCCGCGAUUCAGCUCCUCAAUCUGGUGGGUCUGGAUCCAGUUCAGGAUCUGGCGGAUCGACGAACAACAGACCAUCCCGACCACCCACCAAAGCACCUGCUUCCGCCAUGUCUGAUCUGUUGAACAAUCCGUUGACCACUUUGUUGGCUGGACCACUGCUGAGCAGCCUGGCCGGCGCUGCUAUGAAUCAACGACCGUCAUCUGGUGGAGAUAAGUCGGACGCGGCACCGCAAAGACCCCAGUCGACUGGAAAUCGUACGCCGUCAACGACCACGACGACCACAACGACAACAACCAGUGCUCCCCAAGUGGUCGACACCCGACCUUAUUGCCCAGGCACUUGCAUGGCUCCCAUUCUCUCCUUCUCUUGCUUCAGCAAUGCCGAAAUUACCGACUUGUUCCGCUGUCCGAGUUCCAAAGUCGUUUGCUGCGCUCAAAAAUCAGCCAUUCGCGAAUUGAAACCGUCGUCCGGCGUUUCCGUGGAAGUGCCUCAAUCCGAAUUCUCACGCCCGGGAGGAUCAUUUAGACCUCCGCCAAUGGUUCGUCCAGGCACAGCUGUUGCAACACCUCCUCAACAGCUGCCACCGCAACAGGCCACCUCAUCUGGACCCCGUCCGUCUGUUCACAGGCCGCUCCCCAAUAGCAAAUUCGUUUGCGGUGUCAAGGGUAACCAUCGAGAGCUACGUGAAUUGUCCGUCAUUGAGAACGACAACGCCACUACUACGCUGAGCUCAGGCUUCCGCCAGGCUCGUGUUGUUGGAGGAAACGAUGCUCUACCCGGUGAAUAUUGUUGGCAAGUUGCUUUGAUCAACUCGUUGAAUCAGUACCUGUGCGGAGGUGCUUUGAUUGGAACCCAGUGGGUCCUGACAGCGGCUCAUUGCGUCACCAAUAUCGUCCGUUCCGGUGAUGCAAUCUACGUUCGCGUAGGAGACCACGACUUGACAAGCCGAUAUGGAAGUCCUGGUGCCCAGACAUUGCGCGUAGCCACAACUUACAUUCACCACAAUCACAACAGCCAGACCCUGGACAACGAUAUCGCCCUGCUCAAGCUGCAAGGCCAGGCUGAACUCAAACCAGGUGUUUGCAUCAUUUGCUUGCCAUCAAGAGGCUCUGUCCCAGAGACGGGUCGUCGAUGCACAGUCACUGGUUACGGAUACAUGGGAGAAACUGGGCCCAUUCCAUUGCGGGUCAGAGAGGCCGAUGUUCCUAUCGUCAGCGAAGGUGAAUGCGUUAGACAAAUUAACGCUGUGACGGAAAAGAUUUUCAUUAUGCCAGCGUCUAGUUUCUGCGCCGGUGGAGAGGCCGGCAACGAUGCCUGUCAGGGUGAUGGUGGAGGUCCUUUGGUCUGUGAAGAUGAAGGCUAUUAUGAAUUGAGUGGUUUGGUUAGCUGGGGUUUCGGCUGCGGUCGUGCUCAGGUUCCCGGCGUUUACGUCAAAGUGUCUUCCUUCAUCAGCUGGAUCAAUCAGAUUAUUAGUGUCAACAAUGUGUAGCUGAUAGAUUUGCUGGUUUGAUCGCGCUCUUCUUUCUGUCGAGACGAAAGAAGUAGCAAAACGCACGUUCACUUUUCCGCAUCGUCACUCUAGUUGUGUUUAUUCAUGUAAACUUUAAAUGAAGAACGAAACACGCCAUCAGAGGAUUGAUGAGGUUCACUUGAUCACCUAGUUAUUUCGUUAUUUCGUUUCCGGGAUUCACGCUCUUUGCAUUGGUUAUGGGCUACCACCAUCUAUGUCUACAUAUCUUUAUUAAGCACAUCAUUAUUUUUGGUUUGACGAGAACCCCCGUUUUUCCCUUUAUUUAUUAUUUUUUCGUCGAAAACGUUUGUGGUUAAUCUACAUGUUUAUUUAAAAUAAUUUUCGAUGGCUGUAACCGCGGUGACGUUGUGUCUUGUUAAUCGGGAGGGAUUUCGAAAGAAAUAAUGUUUUAAUAGUAAAUUUGGAAAGUUCUACAGCAUCAAGCACAAUUCAUUUUCUUAUCCAUUCCCCCCCUCCCCCAGUGUUUAUUUCGUGUCUCACUUUAUUUAUGAAAAUAUUCCUUGCAAAGUAUCAUGUUAAUGUCAUAAAUACAACAGUUGAAUGAAA